CGGUCAAACGCUAUAGCAGCGCGCGAAGAUUUCUAUGCAGCCAGCAAUCCCAUUCACCACGAUUUGUAAUCUAAGUUGCACUCACUGACUCUUGACUCAAACUCUUGACACGGCUCGCGACUUGAUCAUACAUUUUGAUCGAGUCUGGUCCUCGAUCCUCCCACCAAGACGACACGUUGCUAUCGGAGAUCUGUAUACCUCCUUGAAUAGUCGCGCUAUUCAAGACCGACUCAGACUGCUCACAUCAGCAACAUCCUCGACCAGCAAGGCUCCAGGUGAAGCAACCUCGCUCCUUGCGCGAGGUCAACAUGAGUCUGCGUCAAUCGUUCGUCGCAGCUGUAUCUCUGCGCACCACCGCACCGGCACGGAGGGCUUUCAUCAGAACAGCUUCGGCGUUGCCUGCAGCAAGCCCUUCAGCCACUCCCUCAUCUACAUCUCAGGCUCCCUCCUCGCGGGCACUGGCAUCACAGGCUCAGCCAUUGCCGCUUGGUAGUGUCUCCGAGAGCGUCUUCGCUCCACUGGAUGACUUUUCUCCUCGGCACAUUGGUCCUCGCGAUGAAGACAUCCAGAAGAUGCUCGCCGAGUUGGGCUACAAGUCAUUGGACGAUUUCAUUGCGGACGCUGUGCCAAAAGAAAUCAGGCUCGACGCCGACGGAUCAAAGACGACGGAGAGCUCGAGCUCAGCAAGCGCUACUCCUAUUAUCGCUCUGAGUGAGAGCGAGCUGGCAAGAAGAGGUCUGGAGAUUGCCGAGAAGAAUGCCAACUUCAAGAGCCUCAUCGGUCUGGGAUACCACAACACCAAUGUCCCUCCCGUAAUCCUGCGCAAUGUGCUCGAGAAUCCCGCCUGGUACACGAGCUACACGCCGUAUCAACCGGAGAUCGCUCAAGGUCGACUGGAAUCCCUCCUCAAUUAUCAAACAAUGAUCAAGUCUUUGACUGGCCUCGACAUCUCCAAUGCGUCCUUGCUGGACGAGGGAACGGCUGCUGCCGAAGCAAUGACGCUGUCGUACGGUCACGGCAAGUCCAAGAGGAAGACUUUCCUGGUGGAUGAGCGCGUGCUUCCGCAGACAAUUUCCGUCCUUCGCCAGCGCGCAAGAGGCUUCGAGAUCAACGUGGAGGUGGUGAAUCUGUCACAGGGCUUGCCAGAGUCCCACAAGACAUCCAAGGAUGUCAUGGGCGUCUUGGUACAGUAUCCUGACAUCGACGGGCGUCUGAAGGACUGGUCAUCCUUGGCAGAAGAGACGCACAAGGCGGGUGGUUUAGUGGUCUGUGCUGCUGAUCUGCUGGCUCUGACGAUGGUCAAGCCGCCUGGAGAAUGGGGCGCAGAUAUUGCUGUCGGCUCUUCGGCACGAUUCGGAGUGCCCCCGGGCUUUGGCGGCCCACACGCUGCUUUCUUUGCAGUCCGAGACAAGCUCACGCGCAAGAUGCCCGGAAGACUGAUCGGAGUCAGCAAAGAUGCUCGAGGAAGCAAGGCAUAUCGCCUCGCCCUCCAGACCAGGGAGCAGCACAUUCGACGUGCGCAGUAGGCCCUCUCUCGCGCUUCAUCAACACCUCCGUCCGGAAACCUAAUUGCUGCCCAGUCUGUCCUCAACGGGCAAGUGGGUUGGCAAUCCCUCCUCUCAGCAGCCAUUCUCGCCCGCGUUGUGCCGAGCCACGACCGUCGGCCCCACAUGCCUGCCUCAUCGCUACAAUACUCUGACUGCUACUUCUCAUGCACUCAACUGUCACGCUGGUCACGUUCCCAUCAAUGUAUGCUGUUGUCAUU